AUGACGACUUCUUCCCUGAUCCUGCAUCCACACUGGGCGGAUACCUUCAUGUACGUGUAUGAAACAAGCCCGAAUGAAAAGACUCUCAAGAAAAGCUCAGACAUGGAGGGACUGAGUGGGAACUGUCCAAGCACUCACUGCAGGGAUUUUAUUUCUCAUCCAGCAUUGGGGCGCCAUUCCAGCACCAUAGGAACCCACCAAGGACCUGUGUACACGGAUAUUACCUCUGCAGAGGCUGGCACCAGGCAGUGCCCAGGACCCACAUCUUCUUCCAAUGCCUCUUUGGGCUAUGCCUACCCGUUUGGAAGUAGCUACUACGGCUGCAGGUUGUCUCAGUCUCACAACGUCAAUUUGCACCAGAAACCCUGCUCUUACCACCCCUCCGAUAAAUACCCCGAGCCCAGCAACUCCUUACCCAGCGAGGAUUUCUCUUCCAGGGCCAAAGAAUUUGCAUUUUACCCUAGUUUCGCCAGUUCUUAUCAGGCAGUCCCUGGCUACUUGGACAUGUCAGUAGUCCCGGGAAUCAGCAGCCAUCCGGAGCCCAGGCAUGAUGCCCUCAUCUCUAUGGAGGGCUAUCAACAUUGGGCUCUACCCAACGGCUGGGAUGGGCAAGUGUAUUGCUCCAAGGACCAGUCUCAGUCCAGCCAUCUAUGGAAAGCACCUUUCCCAGAUGUGGUGCCUCUACAGCCAGAAGUAAGCAGCUACCGCAGGGGCAGGAAAAAGAGGGUCCCCUACACCAAAAUCCAGCUGAAGGAGCUGGAGAAGGAAUAUGCAGCCAGCAAAUUCAUUACCAAAGAGAAGAGAAGGAGGAUUUCCACUGCCACCAGCCUGUCUGAACGCCAGGUUACCAUAUGGUUCCAAAACCGGAGGGUCAAAGAAAAAAAAGUCAUCACCAAAUGCAAAACCUCUCAUCUCCAUAAUACCUGA